GAACUCUAUCCAUUUCAACUAUGAACUUGUGUGGUUUUAAUAAUGGCUAUGACCUCUUUGUUGAAAUCCAUCAUGCGAGUUAAAUAUUGUCGUGAUCAAUACCCUUGCAAUCUAUCAAGCUUGCCAAUUAUGUGAACCAACCAUGGUGUAGCGCAGUGAAAAUAAAAGCAUCUAAUGAAUGAUGAUAAUGACAGAGUUCCAGAGCACAGCUCUGAUAAUACGAGGAUUAAGCGGCACAAUUGCCUGGAUGAGGAGGAAGGACCUAUUCCCGGGAAUAUGGGUUGGUUCUACACUGCAAAAAAUAGUCCUGAACAUCAGUUAGAAUGUGGUUGGAGUCCAGGAUACAUUACUUGUCAAGUUCUUGAAAUGAUCGAAAAACACAAAUGCGCUAAACAGAACGCCUGCGGUUCCUGCUUUGAAUCGUGUCGCAGACCCUGCAUACAGAAGAGACCCUGUAAACCUUGCAAACGGUACAAACCCUGCAGACCAGGUGGAACCUGCCAUCUCUGUGAUCCCGUCGGCACCUGCAAUCUCUGCGAUUCCUGUGAACCAUGUAAAGCUUGCGAUCCCUGUGAUCCCUGCGCUCCCUGUGGUCCUUGCGAACCCUGCGAACCCUGUGAAAGCAUACUAGCCGACAAACCUUGCAAUGUUUGCAUACCCUGCAAACCUUGUAAACCCUGCAAACCUCGCAAAGCCUGCAGACCCUGUAAACCCUUCAAACCGCGCAAUCCUUGCAAACCCCACAAAUUCUGCAAUCCUAGCAGAACUUGUUCACCACCUCCACGUUGUGAUUACACUGGCUACGUUUGUUAUCCUACAAAUUGUUGUGACCGUCUACAAUAUGAAUACGUUAGCUAUCCUUGUCCGCCAAAAUGCUAUAACUGCCCACGAAACUAUGAGCGACAUUAUCCCUUCGUAUACAUACUAUGAUAGUUUCCCUAAGAGAACUGACAAAAGAAAAAGGAUCGUACUAUGAACGACAUAAUCAUACCCAAUUUUAAAGCAUGUGCACGACUAACGUCUACAAAAUACGCCAACUCUGUAGACAAUUAGAUAUAAUCUAAUGUUGAUUUAUUUUAUACCGUUUUAUUCAAUGAUAUAGUUAAGUAAACAGAAUACUUAGUACUCUAACAAAAUAUUAUUUUGUUGGAUGACAAAUAAAAAAAUGUUUACUUCUUCAAAUCAUAAUUUACUAACGCUUUGAAAAUGAUGCCUGCAAGUCGUAUGACUAACAUCAACAGAUAAUAAAUAUCGUAAAUCCCAAAAACCAAGAAUGUUGGCCAUGCAACAUCGGAUCUAGUGAGGAAACAACUGGAUAAUAAUUUUGAAUCUCAAAGUGAGUGCCGUGUUGAAUAUCUACGAAUUGUAACGAAAAUCUUCACGAAUUGUAAUGAAAAUCUUCAGGAAUUGUAAUGAAAAUUGAAGACCUCGAGAACUAUUUCACUGAAGUCUACCAUGUUUCAUAAAAUUCAAGAACAAGGGGACUUCUGCUUUUGUAAACAGCAAUGUUUUGUUCUGAAUUAAUAAAUAAAGUCAACUCUUGGAGGAUAUGAGACACUCACAUGAAAAUAAAGUUUCGAACUUCGAAU